CCUACUUUUGAAAAAAAUUUAAAAUUAAAAAAAUAAAAAUGCCAUGUUAUUCUGUUGUGUCGUACAAAUGAUGUUAUUUUAAAUAUUGAACAGUAAAGCGUUGUUAGGUAGGCUCUUAAAUUCCUAUGGUUUGAACCGUGGUUGGGCGUUGAGGUGGAGAUUUCGAGAGAAAAAAAGAACAUGGGUUAUUAAUGAUUAUACACACAUUUACUUAAACACACAUACACUCUCUCUCUUCCCCUCUCUCUACCUCUGAGUGUGUGUGUGUGUGUGUGUGGAGACACGGAGGACAGAAACGUGACUAGGCAGCCUAAGCUGCUGUUAUGCAACCGCUGACCUACUAACACAUAUUUCUAGAAAGGGAGCCGCAGAAAGUGGAGCAAAGAGUCCGGCGGCACACGCACCACACGCAGGGAAGAAGCGGAGCCAGGAGCGCGGAGAACCUCCAUCUACCGACAUCUAACAACAUCUAGCAGCAGUUCACAUGUUGUGAGGCAGCAGUAGAAGGAGAAGAAAGUUUUUGUCCUCUAUUUUCGGGGAGGUUUCCUCAAAAAGCACAGGGAGAGGAGGAAACGGGAGCAGACAGCUUUUGUGUCGGGGAAGCCUGAAUCUUUUUUUUCUCCUCCUCUUUUUCUUUCUCCUCCAGGAGGUGGACAGAAAGGUAGUCGUCAGCAAACAGCAGCACUGAACCAGCGGCCUAAGGGAAUCCCUGUGAUCACACUCCGACCUCUAUACUGUUGAACAAGGAGAGAAGAAGAGCAGCAGCCUGACCACUGUUCUGCUGCUAACUUGGACAAAAACAAUUGAACUGAAGUUUGUGUGGAAACACAUCGAGAGUGUGAAAAACCUGCUCUGCAGACUUGACCAGACAACCUUAGGCUCUGUGUUCAACACCUGAACUUAUUUAUCCUCUUGGUCAUACACAACACAAGUUCAAUGUCUAAGAUUUUUGUGGAAUUCCACCUCUUUUUAAUCUUCCUGGCUAAUUUGGACACUUGAACGUCGUCUUCUUGAAGAAUACGCAGCAGAAAUCAAUGAGGCUUUCCCUAAAAGUAGCACAAAUACCUCACCAAGUAUAUUUUGCUGAUCCUGCGACAUAGGCCUAAACACCUAGUGAGAAAGCCGAAGGCUCUUAUUGUAAAAUUUGUUUUUAUUAUCCCUCCCCCUUUGCCCUUUGCUAGAGUCAUACUCUGGCCCCCAAAAAUGGAAACUUUAAAUCUGCACCUCCAAUCCACCAGCAACAAGAAUAUCAUGGAAGCAGACAAAUUUUCCUCCUUCAGUGAGGACCUCCCAUCCCCAGAUCCUGAAAGUGGAGGGCGAAUCAGCCGCCAGUCUAAAGGUAGCAAACCUGGUUUGUCUUCUCGCCGCAAGAGAGAGUUUAUAUCUGAUGAGAAGAAAGAUGCUUCAUACUGGGAAAAACGGAGGAAGAACAAUGAAGCCGCCAAACGCUCGAGGGAGAAGCGUCGUCUUAAUGACAUGGUGCUGGAGAACCGAGUCAUGGCACUGAAUGAGGAGAAUGUUCGUUUAAAGACAGAGCUCCUUCAGCUUAAGUUGCGCUUUGGCCUCAUUAGCACAGCAUCCUAUAUGGAGAAAAGCCAGCAGAUCUCUAACAGUACUGCAGGUGGCAGCACUGGUAGCAAUGGGAGCAGCAGCAGCAACAGCACACCAAACGUUAACACCUACCUCUCAAGCAGUGGGUACUCCAGUGCAUCCCAAGUGAUGCUCAAUUCUGACUCAUCAGAACCUGAGCAGUCCAGCAGAGGCGAGCGCCACUCUACGCUCCCCAACUACUCUCCCAGAGGCUCCGUCUCCGAUAUGUCAGACGGAUCCUCCAGUCCAGAGCCCAUGGGCUACAGCAUAAAGACAGAGCCCUCAAGUUUGGAGAUGACCAGGCUGGAAAGCAAUGGAAUUCCAGAGGGAUUUACGAAUGGGAUGCCAAGUGUGACUUACCAAGGCAGUCAUAGUGCUCUGGUUUCUCCUCACCAGCAAAACACCCUGCAGGCUGACAGCGCCAUGGACUACCAACUGCACCAGCAGCAGCAGCUGUCCAGCAUGGAAGCGUCAAGCCCUGCUCCUCAGGCCACUCCUGCUCAGAGGAGCGUCAUCUUGUAUCGUUCCAGCAGCGGCUGUUAUCCCAUGGAAAGUCAGAGGGUCGAAGACCAACAAGUACAGCAGAGGCCCAAGUUCUCUGACUGCUCAGUGACCAUCACUGAGGUGGCAGAGAAGUUGGAGAGGACAAAGACCUUGGACUCGCCUCAGUAUGACUACACCAAUGCUCACUCUGAAGCAGCAGAGGAAAUGCAGCAAACGUUCAACCCCAGCAGUCAACAGCAGGACGACAUUCACCGUCACUACAGCUGCCAGAUCCGGGAGAACAGUUCUCAGCAUGCAGGGAGCAACCAGAACCCCUUCGCCCCUGAUCUGAUCCACAAUGCUGAGGAGGCCAAGUCCUCCUUUACACAAAACAAUGGCUACCUCAACACACUGGAUGAAGAGCCCCCGGUGCUCACCUACGAGGGAGGGCCCCGGGCCGAGGGCUUUUAUCAGGAGAGCUCCUCCACUAAAGACACUUCCUCCAGCGAUGGAGAUCCACGUAGCUCUGACAAAGAGGGUUCCACUGAUGACGAAUCCCCUUCCUCAUCCUCCUCUGACAUCAGCAGCUACUAUCAGAAAGCAAUGGGAGCUCCUGGUCCAAACGGAGAGUGCCAAGUUGAGAUCAAAGGCACAGCCCUGCCUCACAAGCUCCGCCUCAAGUACAGAGCAUUGUCCAAUGGGGCAUCAAGAGCCCAGGUAGACGGCACAGUUAUUGCUCCCAUGUCCCCUUCACCCACCUUGCCUCAGCAUCCUUAUUUAGCACUGUCCCAUAACCCAAACAUGAGUCAGGCCAAUACGGAGAAUGAAACUGAGUUUUCCAGGGAGGACAAACGCCCUGGGAACGAGAGAGCAGAGGUGAAAAGAGAGGGAGGCAAAAAGGGAUCCAGCAGCGGGAGGGGUGGACGCCAUAAGAGGCGAGAGUAAUGAUGGAAAGAUGCAGCUCGAACAUUCUUGCAUCACCUCUUUCUCAUUACAACUACAGCUACACUCUAAACCUGAAUCAGUUCACAGAUCCAGCUCCUGCUGGGAUCCUUAACAGGGUAUUUAAAAAAAAAACACUUUUCAAAUGUAAAGUAAUUAAAACCAGGGAUUACAUUAAAUUUAAAUAGAAAUCUUUGGUAAUUUUACUGUAAAAUAAAUGUCUGUAAAUGCAUUUGGAAUUUGGAUGUUUGACUUUUCCAAAUAUAUGGAAAUAUUUUUUCGCUUGUUGUGAUAUACCACAAAUUGCCUGACACAAUGACUCCAAUAGUGGGCAGCCUAAGUUGUGAGUGACACUUUUGAUCCAAAGUUUUCUUAUGUUAUGUAUUCUAUUUGAGUGUGGCCUACACCGUUAUAGUCUGGCACUGUAACUACUGCCCAGCCUGACAUCUAAUAUUUGCCCCACAGUAAAGGAAAGACAAUAACACUACGUUGUACUGUAGCUCAAUGGCUAAAAAGGCUUCCGAUUCAAUUUUUAAUUACACGUCAUAACUGUUUUACAAAAUGGUUACAUACUAUAAAAAGUCGUAAACUACCGAAUAUAUAUAUGAUUACCACUAAAUAUGAAAAGAAUCAGAAAACUCUGUCUCCUGGUUGUUACACUACAUUUUUCCACUGAAUGUUGAACCUUCAGGUUUACAGUGUAGGUCUGACCUUGUUAUAAUUCAGGACUGAAGUAUGUUUCACGUCAGUGUGAGAAGUUAAUGAAACAAGUGUCACUGUGUCACUUCUCUCCCUUUACUUUUCUCCUACCUCUCACUUUUAUUAGAAAGAAAAGAUUGAGUGGAACUCACUGAGGUGUGAAAUUAUUCAUUCAUCAUUCAUUACUGCCUUGGUGACUGGUCAGAGUUUACUGUGGCAUCGUGACCAAAGAUACACAUCCUUCUGGGUUUAGCAAAGAAUGACGUUGGUCCUUCCUCUGAACCAUAGACUGUAUAUAAAAAACAAAUGUAGCCAUUGUGUUGCAAAAGUGACGCCGCUGCAGAAGACUGGAUGUGGGUCACUGGUUUUGUAAAGUGGAUAAAGCGACUUUUAAUUCACAUCCACAUCAGACACAUUUCCUGAAGCAUUUAUGGUCUGGGUCACUGGUUCCAGACCAUCCUUAAUAAAUCAUGAUGUCAGCUCUUAUAUCAUUUAGCAAAAAUAAAUAAAUAAAUAAAAAGUUACUUUAUUACUGUGCCCCAAGUUGGCUUUAGCCAUCUUUGCACCCUAGGCGAGAUUGAGGAUUGAGGCUCGCUGUAAACCCAGGGAUUACAGCAAUGCCCACUCCAGCAGAUGGCGCACUAAGCGACUGCCUAUGUGGCCUAUGCCAAGAGCUGGCUCUGACCAGUACCUCAAAAACUAGCGGAUCCGUUUAAGUUUACUUUCAUGGCUUUAGUAAGGCUUUUAGUAACUUCUUUUUUUUUUUUCCAAUCGAUCGUUAUUUUAACGAUGAUCUUAUUAUAUACGUCUAAUGCUCUGAACCUAUGACAAACUUUACGACGAUGAUCCCGCACCCUUUGGCCCCACACCAGCCCUUAUUUACUUCUGAAGCACUUAGAAUGUAUAUUACUGUGACAUAAAUUUACAUAUAAUGAAUAUAUAUAUUUUAAGAAGAAAAUGUUUUGUGGUAAAAACUACAAAAAAAAAAUAAAGUAGUGGCAUAAGGAAGUUGUGAACUUAAAAGUGAGAUUGUUCUUGUGGAGACACCAGGUAUUGCAUUCAUUAAAAUAAUAAAUAAAAAUGCUUUUUUCCCCUAAAUGGAUAAUAUAGACCGCACUUUUAGUGCAGUGUCAUGUAUUAAUUUUUACAUUGAAAAUGUUUUUUUUUAAUCCCAUUCAGUAGUCGGUACUUGUUGGCCUUCAAUUAAAUUGUACAAAUUUGUAGGAUUUCUCCUUUACGUAAGGGACAAACAUUUUUUAUCAGUUAUUAUAUUAUUACCAUAAAGUUAAUAAAUCAAUAGGUUGAAGAUGGGUUUAUUUAACUCUGUUAAUUCAAAAUUUUGAGCAUUUUUAUUUAUUUAUUUUUUUCCUAUUUGCAUGCAGUUACCUUGUGUGUCUUUAUUCUUGGCCUCAAAAAUGAUUCUUAGAAAUUAAGCCUCAACUCGAACAAAACUGAAAAAAAAAAAGACUUUGGUUUGUGGUUCUGGUGAGCCCAGGUGUUUGACACUGUUAAAACAGUCUCAGCCACUUACUGUCGCAUCAGUCAAGGCUAUGCAGUCACACAGCUGUCGGCAGAUCCUGACAAACACACACAGUGUCAUGUUUGCCAGCUUUUUGGCAGAAAAAAAAAAUCAAUACAUCUGUCUUUUCCAGACAGCAGUCGUCUGGCUAAUAUCUCUGUAGUCGCCACCAGCAAAGCUGCUCUCUCUUUCUCUUUCUCUCUCUCUCUCUCUUUUUCAGGUGCCUCUUUAUUGUGUUUGUCCCUCGUCCCCUAACUGACUGACCCUCACUCACCUCUGCACUGAAUUGUUUUUGCUCCAGUAGCUGCAGUAAGUCUCACAGACUGUACAUGUUUGACUCUCACUUCCUGGUGCCUGGUCACUGUGUAUAAAUGUAAAGUCUCUCUCUCAUUCUCUCUCUUGUAAACUGCUGUCAUUAUUAUUAUUUUAUAACUAUUUUAAUAAUAUUGUUAUUUUCUAUGAUAUUCUGCUGUUAUUUUUGGAUAUUAUUAUUGUUGUUGUUGUGCUUGUUGUUCUUACAUGUAUUUUUCCCAACUUCCUGUCGUGUCUUUUUGCCCCCACUAUUCCUGGUUGUGCUGUGUAUUUGACCCUUUGCUGAACUUUGACCCCAUUCACCAUUUGUACUACGUGUUACUGUGUAAACUUUGCUGUUUGCCGGAAGUCUUUCCAACUUUGGAAAAAAAAUGAAUUGAAAGCUUGUCCAGAAGUAAUUUUGUAUUUGCUAUACUUCACAUGGAUAUGCAGAAUGGUUAUAAUGGAAGAAAAAAAAACCUCAUUUUUGAAUGUGAACCAUUCAAAGUGGGGGGAAAUAAAAAGGUUGUUGACUUUA